AUGGCGGCGCAGAAUUUUUGUGAUCAUCUGGAAGCCGGGAGGCAUGAAGCGCAUCUCAACAAUCCGAUGCUACUGUUCGAGUUGGUAGAGAAGCUUCCAGCACAUAUGAAACUGGACUGGUCGCUAUACAAGCAGCGCUGCGGGGAAGUGAACCUGCGUUCUUUCUCGCAGUAUAUGCAGACGCUGGUACGAGCGGCAUCCGACAUGACCGUGAACUACGAUCCUAGGCCGCAACCUGUACAGCAGCAGCGAAUAGUGAAGGAAAAGAACGGAAAGGACAAAAACUUCUGCGGAACUCACUCAAUGGAGGAUUCUUCUUUGAUGGCGACGACCAAAGAAGCAGCUGGCGUUACGACGCUCUCAUCAAGCUCAGCGUGUUUCAUUUGCAAAAACCCGGGGCAUCGGGUAAAAGACUGCUCAGAGUUCGACAAGAAAACGGUCGAUGAACGCUGGGAGACAAUACAGAAACUCGGCUUGUGUCGGCUCUGUCUUGGAGCACACGGAAGGCGCCCCUGCAAGAAUCGCAAGCAAUGCGAUAUCGACGGAUGUCAACGGCGACACCACCCCUUGCUGCACUCCAAACGGGACAUAAAUGAAGCCCAGCAGGUCAGGGAAAACAGAAAGAUGCCAGGAAAUUGCUGUAAGAAGUUUGGGAACGACGUAAAUUCGGCGAAGAAUGGGUCCAGGCAAGAAUCGAGUGAAGCUAGGCUAAGUAGUUCCAAAGCUGUCACCAACCAUCAUUUCGCUGGGAAGACUACGCUUUUUCGUAUUAUUCCAGUGACUUUGUAUGGGAACAAUCGAUCUGUGUCCGUGUACGCUUUCUUGGACGACGGCUCGGAGAGAACGCUGAUUGACGAAGAGUUGGUAAAUGACCUUGGGGUUGUAGGAGAUCCGCAACCAUUGUGCUUGCAGUGGACGGCGAACGUGAAGAGGUCAGAAGCUAAUUCUCAACGGGUCGCAUUGGAAAGAGCAGGACGGUCAGGGGCAUCCAAACAUUCUUUGUCGGACGUGCGCACUGUAAGCAAGCUGGACUUACCACGACAUUCCUUGCGGUACGCGGAACUCGCAGAAACAUUUCCGUACCUAAAGGGCCUACCCAUCGAUGAUUACGAUCAAGCGGUACCUCGCAUCCUCAUCGGAAACGACAACGCUCACGUUACAUCGACACUCAAGCUACGAGAUGGCCGACCGGGAGAGCCGAUAGCAGCAAAAUCACGUUUAGGAUGGACGGUUUACGGAUCCAACCAGGACAAGUCAGGGGAUAUCGUUCAUAGUUUCCACAUAUGCGAGUGCCAGGAGGCCGAGAAGACCCUACAUGAGCUCGUGGAGAAGUUUUUCUCAGUCGAGAGUCUGGGUAUAAUGGAAGUCGCCCAUCCUGAGUCCGCGGAAACUCAACGAGCAAAUCGGAUCCUGAUGGAAACUACUAAGCGGGUUGGACAGCGAUUCGAAACUGGGCUUCUCUGGAAGUACGAUAGCUUCGAGUUCCCGGACAGCUACCAGAUGGCGGUUCGACGACUGCAGUGUUUGGAAAGGCGUAUGCAGAAGGAUUUACUCAUCGGCGAAAGUGUGAGGAGACAGCUUUCUGAGUAUCAAGCGAAAGGGUACAUACACAAAGCGACCCGGAAGGAGCUCGAUGAUUCAGAUCCACGGCGUACGUGGUACUUACCUUUAGGAGUGGUCAUCAAUCCCAAGAAGCCGUCCAAGGUUCGUAUCUUCUGCGAUGCAGCGGCCAAAGUGGAUGGAGUCGCACUCAACACGAUGCUGUUGAAAGUGCCGGAUCUGCUAAAUACGUUGCUCAAUGUUCUAUACGGAUUCCGGGAGAAACGGGUCGCUCUGUGCGCGGAUUUGAAGGAGAUGUUUCACCAGAUUCAGAUUCGACGAGAAGAUCGACAUGCGCAACGACUGCUUUGGCGAGAUGAUCCAACACAAGCCCCCGAUGUGUAUUUGAUGGACGUCGCAACGUUUGGUGCAACGUGUUCACCGUGUUCGGCACAAUUCGUGAAGAAUUUGAACGCUAAGGAGCAUUCAAGACAGUAUCCAGUUGCAGCCGACGCAAUUAUCCGGAAGCACUACGUGGAUGACUACUUGGACAGCCCUGACGACGUUGACGAAGCGGUGAAGCUGGCACAUGAAGUCAAACUGGUCCACUCUCUCGGCGAAUUCCAUCUGCGGAACUGGCUUUCAAAUUCCACCGAGGUUCUCGCACGGGUCGGGGAGAGAGACCCAGUCACAGAAAAGUGUCUCCAGCUGCACAAGAACAGCUCAACCGAACGCGUGCUCGGGAUGUACUGGAAGCCGGUCGACGAUGUCUUCACGUUUACAACGACGCUAGCGGUGGGUGCGGAGCAUCCAACUUAG